AUGUCCUUAGUACUUGUAGCCGGUGUCUUGCUUCUCAGUGGAUCCUGUGUCUUUGCACUGCCUAUUGCAGACUCCAUGUACAAAGCAGAGUCUAAUGAGGAAAAUCAGGUUUUAAAUCUGGAUGAAUUGCAAAGCUUGGACAAUAACUUCCUCCUAUGGAACCCACCAGCUGUGAUGCCCAGGACCAGCCUCUAUGAUGCUGUCAGAGAUCUAGAAGCUGCUGAACAACUUAAAAAUGAUCUGAGGGAAAUCAGUGACAAUGACUCAGGAAAUCUGAAAGAGAUUCUGUACGAAAGGAAAGCACAGCCGAAAGCAGGCCGCUUUUUCAUUGGAAAAGGCAGGAGACAGUACAAGAAACGUAACAACUUCUCAGAUUGCUUCUGGAAAUACUGCGUUUGA